AUGGUUGAUCACAACGAAAAAAUAUUACAGGAAUUGCUUAAGAAACCCGGAAAUCAAGUGUGUGCAGAUUGUGGUGCCGAGGAUCCAGACUGGGCAUCAUACAACCUCGGUAUCUUCAUAUGCAUGCGAUGUGCCAGCAUACAUCGUGGUAUGGGCGCUCAUAUUAGUAAGGUCAAACACUUGGAACUGGACCGAUGGGAGGACUCACAAGUUCAUCGUAUGAAGGAAGUUGGUAAUGUUGCAGCAAGGAACAAGUAUGAGGAUCGGGUACCGCCCUGCUACAGACGACCCGCCAAGAGUGAUCCUCAGGUACUCAUAGAACAGUGGAUUCGUGCUAAAUACGAGCGAGAAGAAUUUUGUCACCCAGAGCGCCAAAGCUACCUCUCUGGCUCAAUGGAAGGUUUUCUGAUGAAGAGGGGAAAGGAAGACAGCAGAUAUCAACUACGGAAGUUUGUUCUAAAUGAAAACGAGGACACUUUAAAGUAUCAGCGCCCUACUGACGCUUGUUCUGGUGCAACGGGUUGUCUUGGCCGUUUAUUCAAUCGGCUACGACUCAAAAACUAUCGUUUGAGGUACCACGUAAAAGAAAACAAGGAACCCAAGGGAAUCCUAAAGUUGUCUGAACUAAAUGUUUCUUUCGCCCCAGCGAAGAUCGGUCACAUGAAUUCUAUGCAGCUCACAUUUAUGAAGGAAGGCUCAACUCGACACAUCUACGUGUAUCAUGAGGAUGCCGAAGUUAUUAAUUGCUGGUACACAGCCAUCCGAUGCGCUAAACUCCACCUUUUACAAGUGGCUUUUCCCUCAACACCACAAUCAGACCUGCUCCUACGUCUACCGAAAGACUUCGCUCGUGAAGGCUGGCUUUGGAAGACCGGACCCAGGACUUCAGAUGUCCAUAGAAGAAGAUGGUUCACGUUGGACAACAGGAAACUGAUGUACCACGACGAACCACUAGACGCCUACCCAAAGGGGGAGAUAUUUAUAGGUCACGAGUCAACUGGGUACCACAUCAAAGUAUCGAACACAGGCAACGGUUGUAAAGAAGCGAGGUUCCCCUUCUAUCUGGUGACUCCAGAGCGGACAUUCUGCCUUGCUGCAGCCACUCAUGAGGACCGAGCUGGCUGGUUAACGGUCAUCCAGCAUACGCUUAAACGGCCCCUCACACCUCAGGAUUCUACCAUUGAGGCAAUACUUGUAAGAAAAAGGACGACAUCGAACUCUAUCAGCAUAUUUUCAGGAAGGUAG